AUGGGUGCAAGUCGUUUCAUGGAGAGAGAAGGGACGGGCCUAGAAAAGCGGACGAUGACAACCACUAAAGUCCGGUCGGCUGCAGAGCCCGGAUCCUUGUUGAUCUACUAUGGAGAGGAUGCGGACCCCAAAAUCAUAACCAACACAUACCGAUGUCAUGGUGCCACCGCGUCAUACCCGAAUGCACUGUGUAUAGUCAAUGGAUGGAUAGGGCGCAAGGAAUGCCGUGACUUGUGGCUGUUGUCUCAGGUUGAUAAAAGUAUAUUACAGGUCUACAAUUCUCACUCCGGAAUACGAAACAGCAGACAACCACCGAAAAAGAUAUGGCCAGUUCAGCUUGCUAGAGGUAUGCUGAAGAGCAGUGGGGAAAUCAGUCUUUCUAUGAAGGAAGGCCAUGCGAUGACGACAGAGGAUCACCGCACAAUAUCUGAAAGGCGAGUGCCUGAGUACACCUUGCUCGGAGAAUUUGGCCGUCGUGCAACCUCCGCAGGGAACCAUGUUGCCCCUGAGGAGUGCCUACUCCUUCGACUUUGUGGGGAGGGGGUGCUUGCUCAGUCCGCUGAGGAUGGGAUGCAAGCUAUUAUCCUUGUCAAUUCUCUAAGUUACAAAGCUGCUUACGUGACUUAUGCUGACUACGUCUGCCUCGCAUCUCACACCGUUUUCAAACGGUGUGUUUUGAGCCUUCUGGACUCGUCAGCUGGCUCUAUCCGCACCAAUGAAGCUUCUGAGGACAAGUUAUUCCGGAUGAUCACAGGUCCUAAUAUUUCUGUGGCUGAAGGCUCCCUACAGCACGGUGUUGUAAGUGGCAUUCGACCAAUGGCGGAUAAAGAGAAAGUGUUAAGAGGUAGAAGAGCAGGAAGCGGUCUAUACGAGAAAUCUGGCUUGGCUCCCGCAUUCAUCGCUUGGAUCAAACCCGGCCCCCUCCUCCUUCAUCGAUGCAUCGUCUCCAUGCUCAGUAUGCUCACUUCAGAGCUCUGUUCCUAUUCUCCGUCGCUGACUGACAUGGCUUCUCGGAGCAUCGUACCCUCCCAUCCAAACGAUGCUGAUAUGAGGGGCUGCAUCGCCUCACUCAGUCCUGGAGCGGACAUCGCUUGCCAGCCAUUGAGUGUUCAACUAAGACAUGAGGCCAACAUGUCCGCUAUCGUCUCUACGAUGAAGGAGCACGGUUUACAGGCCCUAUUGAUGCCAACGCAUCACUUCUUGAUCGCUGUGGAUGCAUACGGGCUUGAGGGACGUGGUGGACGGGUAGUCCGCGGCAAUGCAAAGAUGCAAGACAAACCCAUAGUUGUCGUUACAUACAAGUCCUCUACCUCAUUUCGCACCACCACCACAAUCACCACUGCCGCCUCCGCCGACCCCCUACCAAAUCCCUCAACAGCCUCGGCAUCCGGCGAUGUCCCAAUGCCAAACAAACCACUACACGAGUUGUUUCGCGUAAUGAGUCGCUAUCAAAUUCUCAAAACAGCAAAAAGCUUGAUCGUCGGGGAGGCGUGCAUUCGCCACCACCUCAACGAGUAUAGGCCGCUAGAAAGAAUCGACAUUCUUGUUCUUACAGACGCUAGCCCAAUGACUCUGAGGAACUUAUUGAGAUUCGACGGGUCCAAAUACUUCUCGGAGUCGGGCGCUCUCGGUUGCGCGAUCAAAAUGACACUCCCAAGCUUCCUUCCCAUCAUUUGCACGAUAGAAACUAUCGCGCCGCGGCAGCUAGAGCGCACAACUGAAGACUACAGACUCCAAAUUUGCUGCCAGGCGUUCAGGGGAGUUCACCAGCUGCAAUAUGUUCCGGAAGAGGGACUUCCUUUUCUUGGACUCCCCUCCAUCAUAUUGAUGGAGGUCUUGUUGCCUCCAGAGCCUACUGUGUCCAUCAACGCCUCCCUGGUGUGGAAACUAGCCCAAAGGCUUGAUCCCAAUUCUGAGUGGGAGGGCGCGAAGAGAGGGCUCGCGAACAGUGGUGUGAGGCUCUCCGCCUUCAUAACGAUGAGCUGGCAGACGGGGUGGAAGAUCAGCCCGCUGAUAGAGUAG